AUUAGCAGCCAUGAGUGUGGAUGCUCUGGGCAACUCAGUAAUGGAGCCUGCCUUUCCUAAACGGAACCCGGCGCUGAGAUUAGUAGACUUAGCAGGGGCUCAUCAUCAUCAUCACCAUCAUCAUCAUCACCCCCCUCAGAGCGUGACAGGCUUCCCAGGGUACGUGGGUCAUUCCCACUCAAUGGCUCACAUGCACCCUGGAGAAUAUGCUACUUCUGCUGAUUCUCGCCUAGGGCCAACUCCUGCAUUCCGGCCAGAACACAUGGGGCAUCAUCCAGGGGCCCUCAAAAUCAGCCCUGCCCAUAAUCCUCACCACCUUCACCACCACCACCACCACAGCCAUCAUAUGCCAGGCCACGCUGAGGUUGCCUCCAGUCAAACAGGAGCUUUUGGCCCUUCUCAAUCAACAGCAGUAUCCUACGCAAGUAUCCCCCACACAGCUCAGCCUAUAUCUACAGGUAGGGACUUCUUAAUAGCCAGAGAUCUGACAGUACAAGUCAUGCCAGGUCUGACUGAGCCACACUCUGCAGCAACAUCUCACCAUGGAAUGUUUGUCUCAACAACAGGUAGCUACCCUGGACAGCAUGGCCACCACACAGAAGCUGGGAACCAUUCCUAUUUCUCUGGACCUCAUGAGCAGCCUUCCCAUGCCACCCCAGGUGGUCAACCUCUAAACGGACAGAUAAGACUCGGGCUACCUGGAGAUAUGUACAGCAGGUCUGAUCAUUUCACUCAAAACGUUUCUAGGACAGACCCCUUUGCUUCCACAUCUCUUCACAGCUACACUGGCAUGAACUUAAAUAUGAACAUUGCUCCUCACCAAGGACCUGGUGCCUUCUUCCGUUACAUGAGGCAAGCCAUCAAACAAGAACUCAUCUGCAAGUGGAUAGAGGAGGAACAUGUUCCAAAAAAACUCUGCUCAAAAACUUUCAGCACCAUGCAUGAGCUGGUCACCCAUGUCACGGUGGAGCAUGUUGGUGGGGCAGAACAAUGUAACCAUGUGUGUUUUUGGGAAGAGUGUCCAAGGGAAGGGAAACCUUUCAAAGCCAAAUACAAACUGGUCAACCACAUCAGAGUCCACACAGGUGAAAAACCCUUCCCGUGUCCCUUCCCUGGCUGUGGGAAAGUAUUCGCCAGAUCAGAAAAUCUCAAAAUCCACAAAAGAACUCAUACAGGCGAGAAACCAUUCAAAUGUGAGUUUGAAGGCUGCGAUAGACGCUUUGCCAACAGCAGUGACAGGAAGAAGCAUUCACAUGUCCACACCAGCGAUAAACCCUAUAACUGUAAAGUGAGAGGAUGUGACAAGUCCUACACACACCCCAGUUCCUUGAGGAAACACAUGAAAGUACAUUGUAAAUCUCCUCCUCCAAGCUCAGGGUAUGAAUCGUCCAUACCUUCUUUAGUAUCUCCCUCUUCUGAUUCUGGACAGGAGCCUCCUGCAACCACUUCUCAUUCUGAACCUCUUACAUCCUCCCAAGGAGCUAACCUGAGUGAAUGGUAUGUGUGCCAAAGCUCAGGGGCGAGUGGCAUCCCAACUCCACCCAGUAAUACUCCUUCUCCUGACCAUCGGAAAGCUUCUUAUAAUAACUGUGAGGCUAGGCCGAAUUACUAAGAGUCAGCCUACCCCAACAAAAUAUUCCUUACACAUAUUGGUAGUUAUUGGGUCCAAGUACUGUAUAUUAUAAAGACUGUGAAGAACAUCAUGUCUGUUGAAGUUCUGAAAAAAUGGACCACUUCUUCUUACUAGCUUCAAUUCAGAUGCACAUAUGAAAAUGUAUAGCAAAAUUCAGUUGUGUGAAUCUGUAGUAGGCUCUCCCUCAGAUCCUUCAGCUUGAAUUUGAACAGAAAAGCACAAACAAUCUAUCCCACCCUUCCUUUUCGAUCUUUGUUUACUGUUCACCUUUCUGCAUAUUGUUCACCAAUGAACCAAAGUGUUUUGUUAAAGAUUUGUAGAUGAUGUACACUAUAAAUGGUCAAAGGCAUACACCAUGGUGUUUUACAUACACGUUUGUUAGCCUACAGUCCAAGUGCUUUUAUAAAGCUGAACUGUUAUUUUUUUUUUGUCUGUUUGUUUAUUUGUUGAAUUUUUUUUUACUAGUUUGUAUAAAGCAAAUUAAAUCUUUAUUAGUUAUCCUGGUUGGUGACAUGUAUAUAAUGAAUUAUGAUAUGGUAAUUUAUGUUGUGUACAUAUUAAUUUCAUGUCAAAAGUUAAAGUAUGGAGAACACUAUGGGCCUUGUAAUUAUUUUCUGAAAUAAUAAUUGUCAGUUCGGUUUCCCAUAGGGCCAUGUUGGUUAAAGUGUUGUUGAAAUGAUGUUAUUGUACAGAUUGAAGACAGAGCUAUUAAACAUGCUUCUAAGGUGUCAUUUCAUUUUCAACAGACAGUGCUGUUUAUGAUUGCUGUAGCAUACCAUGUCAUGUAAAAUAAAACAUUUUUCUACUACAAAAAAUAAAUUAGCAAUGUUGGAUCGUUAAUGGCUGUAUGGCGUUAAAUAUCUAAGUAUCUGUAAAGUUGUACCCCUUUGAAAACAUUGAUUAAGUACUUACUAGAAGGUUUCUGUAGAAGCCGGUGUCCAUCUUGAUGGAUGCUGGGUUAAAGAGUUACUAUGCAGAUUCAAAUACAACAAUUAAAGCACACAAAUAAUGCACACAGAUAAUACCAAACGUUUUAAAAAAUUGUUUUUUUACGACUUAAUUGCUAGCUUUUGCUAAUAAAAUAUAUUGCCCAAAAUAUAGGUGUAGAUUAGUUGCACGGAGUUAGAUAAAUAAUUUUUUUAAGCAGGAAAGUAGUAAACAAGCAUCCUACACAAUAUUUUGCAUACCUUGAAAAUCGUGCUUGAAAGAAUAAAAUGUAUGGCUGGCAUCUGCAGGAUACUUUGCAUAUGAGAGAUCAGAUGUGCUUCUUAUUCUUGUAGUUGGGUGUGAAUUUCUCAAAGUGUUUGAUUCUAUAGGCUAAUCACCUUUAAUUUUUCAUUUGC